AUGAUGCUGGUCGAGUCCACCUCGGCCCACCGCGCCCUCCAAGCGACCAGCCCCAACACCUGGAUCACCCAGUUCACCAAGGACAACGGCUGCGCGCUUUUCGGCUUUGAAGGCUGCUCGUACUGCACCCAAGCCAAGGACCUCUUCAAGUCCAAAGGCGCUCACGUUGGCUACUGCGACAUUCAAGAUUCCUCGACGACGCCGACGGGCCAAGAGAUCUUUCGCGCCCUUAAAAGCCGCACAAAUCUGGAUACGGAGCUGCAAAGCAGCGGUCGUCUGGAUGCAGCGCUGGCGGAAGCCGGUUGUGUCAAGAAUCCCACCGCGAACCCAACGACGGCGCCAAGCAACAGCGGGUCCGGAUCCAACUCGUGGGUCAACUCGGAGCCGAGCUCGUGGGGUGGCGCGGAAGCCAAGUUGGACGACUAG